UUUGAUAGUUUUGGGGUCCUCAGUUAGAUUGUGUGUCGUUUUGCAGCUGAUUCACAAAUAGUUUAACAGUAUGUCGUUGAUCAUACGAAGUGCCAUAUUUACAACAGCGCAGAGAACGUUGCGGAUUCAAUCCCGCCAAUAUUCAGAAAACAUUGUUUUCACUCUAGCAGCUACCAACAAAGUUUUCUACAAAGAGAUUGGUGUCCAUCAAAUAGAUGUGCCUUCUUUCAGCGGUUCUUUCGGAAUUAAGCCCAAUCACGUCCCUACCCUUGCGAUGUUGAAAUCAGGAGUACUUACGGUCCAUCAGAAAGAUGGAAUCAUAAAAAAGAUUUUCGUGUCGAGUGGAACCAUCACCGUAAAUGCGGAUUCGUCGGUGCAAAUACUUGCAGAAGAAGCACAUCCUGUAGAGCAUCUUGAUCUAUCAGCCUGUCAAGAAAUUCUCAACGAGGCGCAGCGUCAGAUGUCUACCGCUACUAGUGUUGAUAUUCGGGCAAAUGCAGCUAUCGCAGUUGAAUUGGCUGAAGCUCUUCUUUGUGCUAAGGGAUAAUUUAAAGAUCUUCCGUUGGUCUUAAAUCUGAAACUUGCUCAGCCAUGCCUAGAACAUACAACCGUAUCAAU